AUGCGGAUCAACGAAGAUGAGCUGGACUUGACAAUGAUCGACAGCACUUUGGCGACCAACAUCAACGUUCCGGGUACAGACUUCAGUCCGGGGCCUCUACUGUACUUCCAAGGUAACUCACUCUGGAUUUCGGAACGAGUGAUGGGCAACAUUGUGGAGUUGAGCAUCGACAGCACUUCGCACAAGAUGAAAUAUAGCGGGCUAUAUUUCGUCUCCAACCCCUCCACCAACAUCGACGCCUCUCUCGCUAUCGUCAACACCCUCAUCCAAGGCAUCGAGACCAGCUUCCCAAACACCACACGACAGCAAACGCCAUGGUCGCUAUCAUACCGCGCAUUUCGCGACACCAUACCUCCGGGUUACCAGCCACCUGCGGGUGCAGACGGUAAACCAGAGCCAUACGUACAUUCAUACCAGCACCUCCUCCACCUUUCGAGCCUCGUGCCGAACCGCACAUAUGUCUUUGCACAACCGCGAGCGCAACAGGAAACUAUGACGUCGAUACCGCUGCGACAACAAGACGCACAUGCCUCAGUACUGCGAUACCAGUGUUCCGCUCUGUGGACGCCGAGACACAUACUCGCGGUGCGAGAGGGGGCAUCAUAUAGCGGGGGCCUCUGUUCGAUACAAAUCGGCGAACUACGAGCGACUCGCGAAGGUCCGCAGUCAGGCGCUAUCUCAUCACCCGGCGUCGUGGUCUGCAUUAGCACAACGUUGGGCGCUGAGGACACGGAUGGCAACAUGGAUUCCGGCUAUGGCACAAUGGAGAAUGGUGCAGCGAUGCAGGUGGACGAAGAAGAUCUCGACAUUGAGUAUGCGCAGGCUGUGGUGCGCGACUGCUGGAGUAGGAUCAAGGAUGGCCGCGAUCUGGGCCGGUCAGAGAUCAGGGAAGUGAUGAUGGCUUCGACUACAACAAAUAAAAAGGGCCAGGAGCAGGAGGCGGCGGUGCGCAUGUGGUGCGAUGCUCUGCGCAUGCGCGGAUGA